CGGCCGCGCAGCUUCUCGGCGGCCGAGCUGGUGCGCGCCGCGCCGGGCCCGCUGCAGCCCUACCUGCGGCUCAUGCGGCUGCACCAGCCCGCCGGGACGUGGCUGCUGUACCUGCCAUGCACCUGGAGCAUCGGGCUGGCGGCCGAUCCCGGCUGCCUCCCGGACUGGCACAUGCUGUCCCUGUUCGGCGUGGGGGCCGUGCUCAUGCGGGGCGCCGGCUGCACCAUCAAUGACAUGUGGGAUCGCGACUUUGACAGAAAGGUUGCAAGGACAGCAAGUAGACCCCUGGCAGCUGGAGAUAUCUCCACUUUUCAGUCCUUUGUUUUUCUCGGGGGGCAGCUUAGCUUGGCACUCUGUGUGCUUCUGUGUCUGAAUUACUACAGUAUCGUUCUGGGAGCAGCCUCUUUGUCUCUUGUGGUCACCUACCCUCUGAUGAAGAGAAUAACAUAUUGGCCACAGCUGGUUUUGGGACUUACAUUUAACUGGGGAGCCCUUCUUGGCUGGUCUGCCAUCAAAGGGUCAUGUGAGUGGUCCGUGUGUUUGCCCUUGUACUUGUCUGGAGUCCUGUGGACACUGAUAUACGAUACCAUUUAUGCACAUCAGGAUAAGAAGGACGACAUCAUGAUUGGAGUGAAAUCAACUGCAUUACAGUUCAAGGAGGAUACAAAACAGUGGCUCAGUGGCUUCAGCCUUGCCAUGCUCCUGAGUCUGUGCGUGGCAGGGAUGAACUGUAACCAGACGUUGCCGUAUUACUCAGCCGUGGCUGCUGUAGGGGCUCACCUAGCACACCAGAUUUACACUUUGGACAUAGACAAGCCUGAAGACUGUUGGAAGAAAUUUGCUUCAAAUCGUACUGUAGGAAUUCUGCUCUUUACAGGGAUUGUGCUUGGAAAUUUGUGGAAACAAAAGGACUUAAAAAUGUAGAAGAGCCUUUAGAAAACAGAUAGUUGAAAUUAUUAUAAAUACUCAUAUUUUAGUCCUGCUAAAAUGUAAGUACUGUAAGAAGGAAAAAACUUUUAAUAUAAAUAUAGCUGCUUUAUACUGUUUAUUUAUAAAAGCUGGUGAAAACAUUCUUGUUUCUAAAAUCAUGCGGUUGAGAUGAUCCUACAAUGCAAGUUUUGAUUAUCUGUAAAUAACUUCAAUCUCUGUAGAAGCUUCAGUAAGUGAAGCUGCUCUGCUGGUCCUGUGUGGUGUCAAGAGCUUGUGUCAAGCUCUGAAGACCGAUUGCAAGAUUUUAUAGAAAACGUAUGUCUCUUAGUGAUGGCACGGGCAAAAAUGCAAAAUUAUUUCAGGAUGUAAAUAAAAUCUGCCUGUACAUGUUUGAUGGUCCGGUUUAUUACAAGAAUAAUUCUCAGUUUGAGUUGGAGCUUGCUGCAUGAAAGAAUUGCAAUAACUGUUUUCAUCCUGAGAUGUCUAAAAGCAGUCAGGACUUUUGAGUGUGUGAGGUUCAUAAUAAGUCAAUAGAGAAGUAUUUAGGAUUGUCUUUUGCUCUUGCUGUGGUUGCUGACAGUGGGUGCUUCUCAUGUGAAAAGAACAGGCUUCUGUGAAGUUGCCUGCACAGAGUGGGCUGAGCUUGUUUGUCAAGAGUGACUUGAACACAGACUACUGACUUUGAACAAAAACAGAGUAGCCCAGAACUAUUGCCAAGUGUCCAUGACUGCUGGCUGACCCUGAGCUACAAAUUUGUCAUGCUACGUGUUGUCAUACUUCUAUUUUUUAAUUCCGCUUGUUUUGACUUAGGCCUACUGGUUUUAUUUGUAGUCUUACAGGAAGAACUUGUUUCUAGGAGGAUGCCUAGAAACAAUAAAAAUAGCAAGUGCAGGCUAACAGUUACAUUGCUUAAAACUGUUCACGUUUUCAACUGGCUUAUGCUCUCCCCAUUCCGCGAUGUACGCGGUGUUUAACCUUGUCUUUGACUCCUGGUGUUAAAGAGCUUGUAUGACGUGUUGUGAAGACAAUUUCUGUGGAAGGAGGAGCAGGCACAGCUGUUCCGGGAUAAGGAUACAGUGGAGCUUACCUGAGUUUCCAUGCUGGUUGGCAGCGCAAGCACACUUUUCUCCAUGGGUGACUGUGUAUGCCUGCAUGUGGGGCUGUGGUUUGGUGAUACAGAAGGUUUGGUUGCCAAGCUCAUUAUGGUAUCCCAACCACCUUUCCUGAUGUCUGCUCUCCUCUUUGAGUGGUAGGGCACAACUUUUGUGUGUAGUCACAGCAAUAACAAGGCUCAGUACUGCUCUGGCUCCAAAGAUGGAAAUGAUAUUUUUAAGGUUUUUUUAAACCAGUAUUUCUGAGAGACCUUGCAGUCCAGAGCCAUGUGUCCAGGGUUUGCUAAGGGUAAUUUUGCAUUGCCAGUGAUGGUGAACAGGCGAAGCAGCUCUUGGUGCAGGAAAAAGAAAGCAUCUAAUGAGUCAAUGGCUUUGGUCACAGAAGUUCCUUUUUGGGGCUGGAACUGCCAGUUCUGAACACUUCAUUUUAAUGUACAUCCUGUAAAGUUGCUUUUUCUUUUACUAUUUGCAUCAGUGACGUCAAAUACAUUUUAAGCAAA